CCUUGCCGAUAGAUUCUGAGGUACUCGUGAUACAAAACGGUGCACGACACUUCAUGCAUUUGGGUUUUGGAUAUUACACUUACAAUUUACAAUUUCAUGCACCCUGGUCGAAUUCAUUAUAAUAUAUAUAUAAAUACACAACUGUCUGUUGGCUAUUUUACUUGGGACUUGGUUUCACUUAUCUUGGUUUUGAUACAUACGACCUUUCUAUUCCAAGGCUACUGUUCUGAUUGUAUCAACAUCGCUCAUUGUGGUGAGGAAAGAAAAAACAGCAUAACGUUUACUCAAAGAUCACCAGCUUUUAGCUCAGUAUAAAGGGCAACACCCAGCACAUAACAUCACAGUGUAUUAUGUGAGUCGUUCAUAAACGAGCCGAUAUUGUAAUCUAACGAUUUAAUUUACUGAGAACGGAAGUUUACCACUAAAUCGUUUACACCUCACACAAUUAUUCAAACAUGCGGUUGUGGUUUAGCAUUCCGAUACUGUUAAUACUGGCAUGUAUUAUACUCGAGUCUGCGGCAGUGAAGACAAAAAGAGAUUCUGGUGAUGCAUCAAAAUAUCGCCAUAAGUCGUCAAAUCCAACAGAAGACCAUUAUUCUAUGAACAAAUUAGAUCACAAAAAAAAAUCCCGUAUCGAAAAACGAGAAGUGCUUAAAAAAAAGGGGCAACAUCGUAAUGGAGAAGCAAAUGAGAAGAUUGAUGCCGGUAAAUUUCUGAAGGAAGAAUCAAAGGAACGUAAUGGAAAAAUGUAUUAUGAAGAAAAAAGUGGAAAGAUGAGCCAAAACAAAAUUAGUAAAAGUAAAGAAAAUGUUAAGAAUGAUAAGCAUACCGAUAAAGUAGCUAAAGCUAAAUCUAAGAAAAGUAAGAGAUCUACCGAGCUCGAGGCACCAAACGAAACUUUGGAUAACGCUGCCGGCUACCUGGCUGGCUUUAAAAAGAACGCGCACUCCAAUUUUGAUCCAGCAUCAAAGAGAGAGAAAUCUAAGGAUAAAGUCACGAAAAAAUCUGGGUGUGGUAUUGGCAAAUCAGUGGAUAGUAAACUUAAAGAGGAGUUUUCUGUAAAUUCCGAGCCAGUUUCGGACAUACAGUCACCUAAAGAGACCACCUCUGCAUUAGAUUGUAAUGAUAAGAGAGGAGAAAGUAAAGAAUUUAAAAAACAGAAAAUGAAUUCAGAGAAAAUUAAAAAGCAGAAACACAAUAAUAACAGUAAUGAUCUACAUAAGGGAAAUAUCAACUUGAAAGAGUCUGAAUCGCCAGAGGAGAAAAAUCACGAAAUUACAAAACCUGUUCAACCAGAUGGUAAGAAAAUUAAAUAUCGGAAUGAUUUACCAGAAAAUAGUUACUAUUUGAACGAGGAUGGGUUGAUAAAAAAAAAAACAGCAAAGAAUGAAAACGCGAAACAAAAAAUUUCGGAAAAAAUCUCUGAAGAUGAAUUGGAAUGUAAGCCUCGAAUAAAUGACUGUAAAUUAAAUGUUCCAGAUACACCGAUAUACGAAACAGAUAUGCCAGACAAAUAUAAGUCUGGUACUUGUAAUCUGGAAGAUGAUCAUGCGACUGAGCAAAGCAAAACUUGUUACAGACCUAAAGAAUCUAAAUGUCAUGCGAAUGAUGUUGUAAAAAAUAGUGUAGCAGGUACUAAACAAGAAGAUAUGGAGCAAAUGUCAGCACAAGAAAAUAAAGCCCGAGAUAAUAAUGCCGAAGAGAAAAAUUCGAACGGAGAAGAAUCAAUCAGUGAAAAUGUUGUGCAAGAUGGCAGUGACACAGUGUGACGUUCACGUUUGCAAAUACACAUAAGUAGUUCAAAUAAUUUUUCAACCAGAUAAAAGGUUGAAAACUAUAUUAAAUAGGAAAUGUGAUAAUUAACAAAUAAAUAUU